AUGGAAGUCUUCUGGCAUUUGCUUUUUUUUCUACUUCUCCUUAUCCUCCUCGGUGAAAUUAUUUGGUCGUUCUUGAAAUCCAAAGUGGGAAAGGGGAAAGCAGGCUUUGAUUUGGAAAACCUGUCUCCCUACCCAGUCGAACAAAUCAAGGGCAGGGCCAAGUACCGCACCAACAUGGGGCUCAGAAGGCUCGAUCAGCGCAACUGGUUGACGAUCGAUAAAAAUUAUAUGGAGCAGCACGAGUUGCGCGACUCCCUUUUUCGGACUCAAAGAAUCAAAGUAUUCCAAUGCCUCCCCGAAGCCCGACAUGCUUGCGAGGAAUUGCUGCAUGAAGUUGCCACAUAUCUAUGCGGUCGAUACCCUGAUGUAUUUGUGAUGGAUAAAAAUGAGGUUAGUAUCACAACGACAGGCGAGGUAUACCGUCUCGGAGAUCCCACCAAUAGGUUUGAGCCACUCGAGGUAGCAGCUCGACUUGCGAUGGAAGAUCUCAGUAUCGUAUUGGAGAAUGAAGCUGGUCAGAGUUACCUAGCGGCGACAGCCAGUCUAUUCCCCGUGGGAUGGUGCGCCAUGGAGAGAAUUGGAUAUACCAUUGCUCAGAUGCACGGGCCUGUUCCUCUAUGGCAUAAGGAGAUUGAGUUCUCUGUCAAUAAGUUGGUCAUAUCCCAGCAUCGACCAAAGAAAAUAGACUCGCCAAUGGAACGGUCGAGUUAUUUUAUUCAGGUAACGAAGCCUGAUGAAUCGCUGAGUUCGAUUCUUUUUCAGCCGGUUGGAUUGGGCCACAGAGAUGUUGAACCUCGGCCAGAGGAUAUUCUUCUUCGUCGCGAAAGACAGACGUUUCGCAGAUUACCGAAAUCCAGAGCGAUAGUGUUUGGAGUAAAAACUUCCCUAACGCGUCUCCAGGCACUCCCGUUAGAAGAGCUAAGGAAUCUUGUGACGGAAAUAAAAAGUUGGCCCGAUGCAGUGGGGAAAUAUAAGGGGAGAGACCAUUGGGGGUCUGCAGUAUUUGGGUGGCUGAAACUCAGGGAGGAGCCAAAUCAAUCCUUUGCCUCCCUCCCGAUCCCCCUUCAUGGAUCUCUGUUGGACCAUACUUCGUUUAUUCCAGCUAUCUCUCACACGUGCUAUUCUUGUCGAAUACCAGGUGGCGUAACGAUGUUGAGGAGCGCUUUAAGCGCUAGGCUGGAGAUGUAUAUGGAUAUUUUGGCCAAGCAUUACCUCAUAAUCGACAUUAUGGGCUCUGACUGCAGCGAUACUAUCUAA